UUUGUGUCUCAUCAGUCUGUGACUGUAUUUAACCGAUGCAGGGAGGAAACAUUUUCCCCUGGAACUGUCCCCUGUUGAUAUGACGAUCGCUACUGCGGGGUCACGCCAUGCACCAGAGGCAGAAGCCCAGCGCUCCAGAACACACGAGCGAUCCUGCAGCCGAUGGAGGAGCUCUGUCCAUGUCUCACAAUGACUCACGCUCUCUUCUCAACUUCUCUCAGCUUGUGCUCUCUGCUGGCCAAAUCAAACCGUCACCAGGGCUCAAACAUUCAAAAAUCACAUACUUUGAAGUAGAAAUUCUUGAUGUGCAAAGCAAGAAGCAGAUCUGCAUUGUGGACAAGGUACCUCCAGCAUCUACCGUUCUUGACGUGAAACACAAAUUUCACAAAGCAUGUCCCCAGUGGUACCCUUCCCGUGUUGGCCUGCAACUAGAACGCAAUGGGCCCUUUUUGAAGGAUUCAAUUAACAUUCAAAGUCUUGCUGUUUCCUCCAUCAUUACACUGUAUUUUACAGACCUGGGUCAGCAGGUCGGUUGGACCACAUUUUUUCUAACAGAAUACACCGGACCUCUUCUAAUAUAUCUGCUCUUUUAUAUUCGCCUCUCAACUAUUUAUGAUCAAGUGGAAAGUAGGAAGAACUUCCGCCACCCGGUGGUUCACUUGGCCUGCUUCUGUCACUGUUUACACUACAUCAGACAUCUUCUGGAGACAUUAUUUGUUCACAAGUUUUCGGAAGGGCACACUCCUCUGAAAAAUAUGAUAAAGGGCUGUGCCUUUUACUGGGGAUUCACAUCCUGGAUCGCCUACUACAUCAACCACCCACGGUAUACUCCACCAUCAUUUGGCCACAGACAAGUUUCUUAUGCUGCCCUUGCUUUUCUGAUGUGUGAAGCUGGAAAUCACUUUAUCAACGUAGCUUUAGCUCACCAAACUAAUUCAGGAAAUAAAACCUGUUUUCCAAGUCCAACUUACAACCCCUUCACAUGGCUCUUCCUGCUGGUGUCCUGUCCCAACUAUACAUAUGAGGCUGGGUCUUGGAUUAGUUUCACAGUGAUGACACAAACUCUGCCAGAAACAGACAUGGAAAGAAGACACAUGAUCCUUUUCUUUAAAUCUUCUUCCUUGGUAGUUGGCAUUUUUGCUUUCCUGAUGGUCAUCCAGAUGUCUCUCUGGGCCCAAAAGAAACACAAGCUGUAUCUGAAGAGAUUUUAUCCAGAAGUGCGGAGAAAAGCAGCUAUGAUUCCUAUCAUCUUCUGAGAUCUUCAUAAGAGUUGGAGUCCAAGUGUACAGUUCAAGAGCCAACUCAGAGCCAUUUCAUUGAGUAACCAAGUGGAUCAGAGGAAGAACUACUGGAUAUCUUUUUCAGAAAAUUAACAAUUCAAGACAAAGAGCUUUUAAUUAAGUGCAAAAAUACAGCUCUUGAAUUCUUGGUUCCUGCUAAAAGAUAUGAUUUAAUUAGAUUUUCUGUAAUGGAGCUAAUUGGAAAGGGACAAGAAAACUGCUUAUGUUGAAUGUUAGAUAUUUAGCUGGUGUAAGUGGGCACAGAUGCUGUUGCAAUUAAUGAACACGACUCAUCUGCAUGCAUUCAGGUGGGGUAAUUUUAAGGUUCAGAGUUAUAUGUUGACAAGAGUCUUGGAUUUUCGCAUUAGAAGAUGUUUCACAGCCUUAUUUCUAUUAAACUGCACGAAAUCAGCACAUUCUGCCUCAGUUCCUCUAAACCAUCACAUCAAAGGGUGACUGCUUUGCUGUGAACACCAUUUAGUCUAGCUUCACAAGGUUUUUCUUUCUUUUCUCUUUUUUUUUAAUCAAAUUUCAUAUCAAAUUGUUCAAUACAAAUUGGCUUAAAUUGGUCACUGCAAAGAGGUCUAGCUUUCUUUU